UACUGUGGUUACACAUUAAAACCUCGCUUAAUCCCUCAGCCCUCUUCUUCUUCUCCCUUUUUCCAAACUCAUUCCCAUCUCAGUCCUGUGUGGCCUUUUCACAGCAACUGGAUGCGGUUCAGGGCGUGUUGCCUUCGCUGGCAGGUGUAGAAGCAGGUUGAGCAGGUUGUUCCCUGAAUGCCACUCGGCCAAGCCCUCCUCCCUCAUUCCCUGCCUCCCUGACUCUCUUUCUCUCUCUCUCUCUCCAGGCCAAUCGCUGAUUCACUCUCAAACGUUGGCAGCUCAGUGAAGAGAUUUUGUUGCCUGUGCACCUGUUCUCAUCUGAUAUAGCCUAAGAAUAAGAGUGUAACCAAAGGGGCUGAAAAUGAAACUGUGUUUGAGACUCACAGUAAGUCUCUUUCUGCUGGUCCAGGCCUUCAACCUGGCAUCACUCCAAGAAUCCACCGAUUCUCCCGGGCAGCCGAUUGAUCAAAGCUGGUUGCGUCAACUCGCUCAAAUGAAAGCUGAAAGUCAAAACACUGCACUUUCUGAAGGGGAGAAGGAGUAUGAUCAUGACGCAGGGCGGGCUGCUGCGGAGUCAAAUAAUGAUUACAGUGGGAUAGCAUCUGGCUCCAUGGCAAUGUAUAAUGAGGAAGAGGAGAAUGUGGCCGACAAAGAUAAGGAUGCAAAUGAAUCUGAUUAUAUGGAUGUUGUCACCACCACUGUGCCUCUGAAUGUUACAACUAAGCAACCUGAGUUUCAAAACACCACCGAUACUCCAGUAAAUGCAACUACCGAUCAAACAAACUCAAGCAUCGUCAACACUACAGAAGCUGAGGAAGAAUUUUAUAACUCAACGACAAUUCCUCAAAACUCAACAACUCCUCCAAUUGUGGCAAACACCACCAGCUUCCCAGAGUUUUCCAAUCACACUGAUUUUAAUACGACAACCCUGGCUCCAGAGGUCAACGCUACCCAGGAACCAACAACUACUCCACAGAACGAUAUAUGGUUCAUGAACGGUACCCAGGAACCAACAACUACUUCACAGAACGAUACAUGGUCCAUGAACGCUACAGAGUCCACGAGCACAACAACUGUAACACAAACAAACACCACAACGACAUCAGAGACCACCCACACACCCACUGUGUUUUUAUCAACAACACUGUCUGACUCUGCAACCACAGACUUCAGCCCUGCCACUUCAACAGUCGCUCCAACGAAUACAUCUAAGGGCAACGAGACAGACAAAUCUUCAGGCUCAGGGAGCAGCUCAGAGAGAGGUUUGGCAUCAGAUACAAACAGUCAGAGACACUCAUCGUGGGGAGCCAUAUUGGGGACGGCCGUGGCAGUGGUCUGUGUGGGACUGGUGGCCUACGUCAUCCUGAAACACAAACACCAGAAAGAUUUCUCUCACAGGAAACUGGUGGAGGAGUUCCCCUCUGAUCCAGUCCACAGACUGGACAACAACGAACCCUUGGACUUGAAUUUUGGAGGUUCUGCCUAUUACAACCCAGCUCUCCAAGGCGACAACAUCCAAAUGACCAACUUCCCGUGAUGCCCCUGAAAACUGAAAAGACUCCAUAAAGCAAAGCGAUGAACUCCCUGCUAAGAAAGUCUGCCAAUCCUGCUCAUUGGCAUUUGAUGGACGACCUAUAAUGUGGAGUUUUGUAAAUAAGACUGUCUGAAGGUGGCAUUUGUGGAGGGAAAUUACUGUGCAGAUUGUAAAGGUCUGUUGUCAGCCACCACAAAUGCCACUUAUGUUAGAUUAUGCAUUGUGCUGAGUAGAUUUAUUAGAUUGAAAUAGAGGGAGGCAAUCUGUCUGAACUACACUGCACCAGCCAAAAUUAACUGUCAGCCAUUUGUGUACGUUGCCAAAGGGAAUCAAAUUAAGUCUUUCUGAACGAAGAAUCCUCUCUGCAGUCAAUGAAGGAUGGUUUAAAUUAAUGCUUGUUACAGCUUUUGCUUUAGUUUUAAUUAUAUUUGUGUAAAUGGGAGCCACAGAAUGCUGUUACAGACAUGCAAACAAAGACAUUAACAUAUAAUCAGAUCAGCCAGAGAGGAGAUAAACAGGAUGCAACUCCAGCCCAAUGAAAAUAUUUGGAAGAAACAAAAGACUGAUUCUUACCCUGUUUUGAAGUUGGGUUUUUGUUCAUAAUUUGACAUAGAGUGGUCUAGACCUCCUAUGUUUGUAAAAGCGUCUUGAGAUAACGUUUGUUGUGAUUUGGCGCUAUACAAAUAAAGAUUGAAUGAUGAUUGAUUGAAAAGUUCAGCUGUUUGUAGCUUUAAAAUGACACAGUUUGUCAGUUGAGGCCUUUGCAACAAAUUUCAGAGGCUAUGAACAAUAUUAUCCAUACCAAUAAUCAUCUGCUGUUAUAAAAUUAAGAAGGAAAUACGAAGUUAAAACUGAACUGCACUUUCUGAUAUUCGGUAUUCACUGCCAGAGUCUGAGCAUCAAACCAUCAAACCAAAAGCUUGAGUUUGUUUUUCACACAAGGGAUGGAUGAGGUGGAGGGAGGCGGGGUGACUGCUUUGUUAUUCAUAGACGGAGGUUUUGGUAUUCAGGACGGCAGUUGUGUUAUUUGGUCUUAGCAGCACUCAGUAGCAACAACUAUAUCAUCAUAAUAUCCUGCUUAAAUCUUCUGACCUAAAGGUGUCCACACAGAGAGUUUAGUACCUUGUAGUGACAGUGUGCACCUUGGGAAAUUUACCUAGUGUUACCUGAUGCAUGCUUAAUGCAAAGUUCGAACAUAUCUGGUUUUUUAAUGGUUAUUCCUGUAACUAACUUUAGGGUACAAAAUUCAGUAAGAAAAAGUGUACACUUUUUUUUGAGAAGAGGGAAUAGGCAGGGAUUUCUCUAUUAUUUUAUGUAUCUAGUGCAUUUGUACAUUUAAGUCGAACAAUAUUUCAUAAUUGCUUUUUUUUCAGAACUUUCCUACUUUUCUAUGAAAUAUAUUUAAAAAACAGACUUUUAUAACUGUAUAUGUGAAGAAAAUUCAUCAUCCAGCUCCUCUCAGUCCUUUCACUCAUCAUUAACUGUGAAGCCGGUACUCGAUCAAUGUGCUUCAUGAUUAUGAUUGAUACGUGCCUCGGCUCGGCCUAAACACCCAACAAUAACACUGUGAUGUGUAAUUUUUUUUGCUCAGAUGGUUCGUCGGCAGGCACGGCAGGUCUCUGCUUCCUUCCUAGCUGUAAUCUCAGACAUCAAUCAGAAAGGAGAGGCUUUUUGUACGAGUGAGCGAGGGCACUUUUGUGUUAGAGAAUCGCAGUGAUUGCUGCAGAAACAAUGCAGGGCAGAUUGAUAAUGGGACGAUCCCACAUUGAUUUGUGAAAUGUCAUGUAA